GGGUGUGUGCCUGCGCGGGGAAAGAUGGAGUGCGGCUCCGCGCACAGGUCGGCGGCCCUCUCCCGCCGGCUGCCUGGGUGUCGGGCCGAAGCCCUCUUUCGAUCUGGGUCCGGCCGAGAGGGGGCGGUGGCGGCGGCUGGUGUUGGUUCUGUUGCCCAGGCUGCGGCCUGUGGCGUUGGCGAGGCCUGCGAAAGGACAGUGGCGGCUUUGGAGGGGGCUCUGCUACGAGCUGGGGGCUCCCUUUGCCAUGGGGAGGCGGUGGGCAGGUGGCCGGCCAGCCGUGGCAGCGGGCGGGCGGCAUUACUUGAGGCAGCCGGACAUUGUUUGCUUAAAUGCUUUUGCUGAUGUUAGAUGAAGCGGGACUUUGCCCCUAGCAACCUACUAAUAUGUCCGGAAGGUGGAAAGGCUGUGUAAAGCCGUAAGUAAUAUUGUAGCUUGAAGGGCAGGUGUAAGAUGCCUCUUACACCAGGUUGUGGAAAUUAAGCGACAUGCUUUAAUACAGGAUCUUCUGACAGGUGCUUCUAUCUGAAACAGUGACAUACUGUGUCAUAAAAGAUUUUCUUUUUUUAAUAUUUCUGAAUAUCUUCGUAUAGAAAGAUACAUGCAGUUUAAUAAUUAGUAUCCUUUUGAAAACUAUUUUUGAUCCGUGGGAAUGUGCUAAAAUAUAAUGGUAUACUUUUGUCUUUAGCAGUUUGUUUUUCAUGUGUAUGGUGUUAUAAAUUUAAUAUUUCCUCCCCUAUUAUCUCCCUCCAAAUCAUGUAGUUAGGUUGGGCUGUGAGUGACUCACAGCCCAAAAUCAAUCAUCACUUUUUAUGGUUAAAGAUGGACUUGAACCUGAGCCUCCCUAUCUCAACAUAGAGCAAACGUUAAAAUGUAGGCAAAAAAGAAAAUCUUUACCCAGAGGGCUUUGCAUUUUAUCUCAUUUAACCAGUCAACCUACUUGCAUGUGUACUCUUACUAUACAGGGAAUCUGUAGUCCAGCAGGUGGUGCAUUUGUGUGCUGCUUUGCACACUUGUAGUCCAGUGCUAUGUUCUUGUGUUCACUGGAACUUAUUUCUAAAAAACAAUACAUGUAGAUGUUUAAGCUUCAAAAAUAAAUUAUGUGAAACUAAUAGUCAGUGUAAGAAUAUAGAAUAGAAUAGAAUAGAAUUUUUUAUUGGCCAAGUGUGAUUGGACACACAAGGAAUUUGUCUUGGUGCAUAUGCUCUCAGUGUACAUAAAAGAAAAGAUACGUUCAUCAAGGUAUCUACUUGUUUGUUUACUUAAAAUCUUUUUCCAAACCAAAACAGCCUUACUAUUAAUAUUUUUGAUUGCUAGUAAAGGUAAAAGAUAGGGUUUUUAAUUUUGCUACCAGUUAUACCGAAACUUGGUAAAUAUGAUGAUUUGUUCAGGUAUUGUAGUUGGAUAAAAUCUCACUUGUGUCUUUUUGAACUAAGACUCAGUAAUGCAUACUUACAUUUUCUGUGCUACUUUAGCUGGCUUUUCUGGCUUAAACAUCAGCUGUUUUUGUUUACUAGAUGGUAGUUUUUUUUAAAAUGAUAAUGGCAAAGCUUUGACUGAAAUAUAUACAACCAGCAUAAUUAACAUAUUUAAUUUCUAAUGGGCUAUACUGAUCAAUGUUCCAUCAAUCUUAGGGUUGCUUUCAGAAUUGAACUUAAUUAAUUUAAAACAUUUAUAUGGCCGUCUGUCUCAUAUCAAAAUCUGGGUGCUUCCCAAUAAUCAAUUAAAGCAAUAUCAAUAAUAAAACAACAUAAUACAUAGAUAUAUUAAAACCAUAAACAUAAAAAUGGCACCAACGUUAAGCUUCCAACAUACUAUCCUUCAUAAAAUCCUCUUAUCCAUCUCGGCUUAUUCCAGUGCUUGGGGAAAAAGCCAGUUUUUCAGUACUCUUUGGGAGACUAGGAAGGCAGAGAGACCUGCUGAAUUUCAAAAGGGAAGAUGUUCCAAGGGCAAAUCUAAUAAUUUGAAAAUUAUCUCUAUCUGGAAUGUAUUCAGAUAGAGAUUUGCAAUAGAACGGUAUAAACACAGGUAGUCCUUGAUUAAUGACCAUUCAUUUAGCAACCAUUUAAAAUAGGGUGAUGUUCAAUAAAUGGUGCUUAUGUCCACUUGUUGCAACAACCCCACUGUCAUGUGAUCAAAAUUUGGGCUUUUGUAACCCAUGCUUAAAAUUGCCCACCUAUCUUCCCCAUCUCUCUUCUUUUGAUUGCCCUGCAGAGUAAUGCUUGUCUGCAGCAGCGGUGGGGUUGAAGUAGAGGCACCGGAUGAUUGGCUGAGACUGCUGAAAGAUCAGGCCUCUACUUUAGCGCAAGUGUCACUGCCGCUAAGAAUUCCAUUGUGUGAGGGAGUCAAAAGGGCAGAGAUGGUCCCUUACCUUACCGACGAGGCUUGGAGCUGGGAUGGAGCAAGCUAGAAUGACUUGGAUCAGGUUGGGCCCUGGCCUAAUGACUGAUGGGGUUUGGUUAAAACAAAGGGAUUGCAUCGCUAACCAGUGUAGUCACAUGAUGUCAGACUUUUAUGGUCCCAAUUGCUGUCAUAACUUGAAAUCAUCCAUAGCAUGAUUUGUUUAUUUCCAGUUGAGUCCUUGGUAGUUCUUUUUAAAAGGUAAUUAAAAUUUACAUAUUGCCUUGAUUUAAAUCAAUCUGAUGUCAAAACUGUAAUAAAUACAAUAAGUGUUUCACACUGAGAACCUUCUAAAACAGGGAUGUUAGCCAAUAUAUUAAAGCAAUUUGUGUCUAAAUUAUGUACAUAUAAAAAAAGACAUUUUAAAUGAAAAUCCAGAAGGUUAACUGCAGCAUUUUGACACUAUUGUAUGUAAACCAGAAUCCUUCGGCAAUAGUUUGUGAGGCAUGUUACAUUUAGUCAGGAGUUGAAAUAUCAGGAGUAACAAAUUCCUUUUCACCAAACACUACUUAGGACAAUAAAAAAAGUAUAGAUGAGCUCCCAUAUUAAUUAGUAUAAGGCAGUGUUGCUCUAAAAUGAGAUUCUAAUAAGCUUGAAAUAAGUUACAGUAUAUAUUGGAAUUCUUAAACAAAGAAUGUUCCUAGAUAUAAUAAAUAAUUUUAAACAGAUUGAAUUCAUAUUUAAACUUAAAAUAAUGAUAUAUAGUAAUGACAAUAAUAUGCUCCACAAACUUACAUUUUUAAAAAUUAAAAUCUUAGAAUAGUAGGUACUAACAACCUGCAGAUUCCAAAGCUUGUACUUACAUGCGAAGUUGUACAAUGUGUUAAUGCAAUUUAUCCCCAAAUUUAAAAAAACUGAAGGAAAGAGAUAAGGGUAUAUAAUAAAUUAUUCUUUGAUAUUAGUUAUACAUGCACAUUCUUAUUUUAUUGAUAUGAAUAUUGCUUGUGUAGGUACUGUUCCUAGAGUGUGUUUUAUGAAAAGCUGCUUCUUCAGCCACUAACAGCUUGGAGGACAGUGUUAAAUAUAUUUUCAUAUCACACAUCUUAAAUAUUAAUUUAGAGGAAAAUGCUCAAUCUGUUAUAUGCAGACUAUAUAAAAAAAACUAAUAGCUUACUUUAUACUACCAUGUUUUCCCAAAAAUAAGACCCUGUCUUAUAUAUUUUUGAACCCUGAAAUUAGCGCUUGGACUAAUUGCCAUGAGCUCAAAAGCCCGAUUGGGCUUAUUAUCAGGGGAUGUCUUAUUUUGGGGGAAAUUACAGAUAGUAUUAAAUAUUCUAGGCCAGUGAUGGCUAACCUUUUUGCCGUAGCAUGCCAAAAGUGGGGGGAGUGGGGGAGGUCACGUGUGUGUGUGCCCACAUUCAUAAUUCAAUGCUCCCCCCACUUUUGGCACGCAAUGGCAAAAUUGUUACCAGUGGGCCCAGUAGGCCCGUUUUCGCCCUUCCCAGGCUCCAGAGGCUUUCUUGGAGUCUGGGGAGGGCGAAAACAGCCUUCCCCACCUCCCCGGAGACCCUCCGGAGGCCAGAAACUUCUGGUGGGACCAGAAGGCCCAAAAAUCAGCCGGUCGGUGCCCACAUGUGCACUGGAGCUGAGCUAGAGCAAUGCUUGCGUGCACACAGAUAUGGCUCCACAUGCCACCUGUGGUUCGCGUGCCAUAGGUUCUCCAUCACGGUUCUAGUCCAGUGUGCUUUUUCUCACCCCAUUAAACAUGAGCUUUCUAAAAGACCACACUUUGAUGAUGCUACAGAAAAACUUUUGGAUUUUUUUUUCAAUAAUCAUAGCUGCAAUUCAAAGAAAAAGAAUAUAGCUAGACAGUGUGUUUAAAUAAUCAUUCAGUACAAUACUGUUUUCUAAAAGUAAUUGUUUAGCAGUGAACUAUCUGCUUUUCACUGCCAUGAAAUUACCAUAGUUAACAAGUAGUUCACUGAAAAAAAAAUAACAUCUUCAUCAACUGUGUUGAACAUUGAUUUGAUACAUGAGAGGUUCAAUUCCAGCUCUCCUGGGGAUAAUAUCUGUUGAUAUAAAGAAUAUAAAGCAAGAGCAGUCUUCGAAAAGGCCACAAAUCACAGCUUUUCAACACUAAAGAGCUUGUGAAAUCCUGAAACAAUGAGUAUUUUGAUUGCAAAAGUCCUUCUAAAUUUGUGUUGGCAGAAUCUCACUCUAUGGGAUCAGGCCAAGGAAAUGUGCAUGUUUAACAAUUGUGUGAACAUUUAUAGUACAACGUUUAGCUCUAUUUAGACUUCAUAUAAAACCAAUCUGGAUUUAUUUUGAAUGAACAGAGUAACUCUCCAUUAUGACCAGCUUUUGUAGGAUCUGAAUUCAUGAAUAUGCAGUUCAAAAGAUUGUUGUUGAGAAAGCAAACAAAAAUAUUUAUAAAUUCAUAUAUAAUAAGAGGAAAUUUUGGGAGAGAAAGGGUUUGUGGGGAAAAAAUUCCAGGGCAUCAUACAGUAUUUUUAUUUGUUUGUUCAGUUUAUAUAGAUUCCUUAGGAUCUAACAUUACAUUUUUGAUAUAGUCUAUGUAUCUGAAGAAAAGUAUUCAAUAUAUACCUGAAACUCUUCUCUCCAAAUAUUACCAUUCCAAAAGACAGCUAUUAGAAUCUGCAUCUUAAUGCUUCCUGUCCAUGGAACCAUGUUUUCCAAUCCACAUAAUGUUUAACGAAAGACAUCUUCAGUGAAUAUCAUCCAUAACAAUCCAUUUGUCAUCAUGAGACUGAAGAAAAUUGCUGUGCUGAAUCUCAAAGUGGUAUAUAUUCAAAAUGAUUACCAUUUAAUAAAUGUACUCAUACAGGUUUUAAAGCAUAGUGAAAGUAUGAAACUGAAAGCCACCAGCUCUAUACAUCAUAGGAAACUGUCAAAUGUAAUGCAUUUUCUAGAAUUUUGGUAGACAGUGAAAUGACCAGUCAUCCCUUCUUUUCCCAGUGCAUUCAUUAAAUUAAUGUACAGGUCAAUAAGUGGAGCUUGGGGAUGGGGGAAACUCUGGAGGCCUAGUGCAGAUACAAGCCUCUCAAGGCUUCUCCCACCCCAAGAUAUGCCAUGCAUCGCUUCCUGCCCCUCGGGUGCCUGCCAGCCUUCUGCAUAACUGACUGUCUUGUCAAUGAGAAAAAAUGGGAAAGGAUACACUGGCCAUGCCUGCCUUCCCCAACUUUCCUCAGUCCUUCCCCCUGCCAAGGUGUCCCAACUCUGAAAGUUGCCUUUCAGAGCUUUCUGCACUGAUCAGCUGGCUAUCAGGAGGCUGGAAAGCUUUUCUACCUCCUGCUAGAAGCAAGCCCCUGUAUAAAAGGCAACAGCUUCAGGAUGAGAGUCCCAAAACCCUCCCUUUGCUUAACCUCUCUCCCUGCCUCUCACACAAAACCACAUUUCUUCAAUAAACAAAACAAAAAAAGCUGGUAGGGACAGAUUUGUUGAUCUUCCUCCCACACAUCUCAAUUAGGUGCCAAAACUAAACUCUUUGCCUCUGCUUUCUAACCCUUUUAAAAAGCUUGUCUCAGGGCUGAUGAAUAGAGGAAAGGAGCAAGCAAGGAAAAGCUUUUCCAAACCUUUAACUGGAGAAAAAAAAUUAAUCUCUAAAACUAUAGACUAGAGACUUAUGCAACAAAAUGAAAGACUGACUGCUAGGACUUAGAAGCUAGACUAUAGACUUCCUCUAUAGGCAGUCAGACAAACAGCCAAAACUUGCAAAGCUUUUAUGCAGGGUCCAGCUUCCCAACACCUAGCAAUGCACUUUGCAACCUCCCUGUGGCCAGCUGAUCAGUGCAGAAAGCUCUGAAAAGAGUUGCCAUUCACACAAGGAUUUGUUGGGACUCCCAAAAUGGCGACUGCUUCCAGGAUGCAUGGGGACCAGGCCUGAGCUCUGCUGGUCCUGUCAGGAGAGAAUAGGGGAUAAGAGAGGCAAAAACACUACAGCAUCCCAGUGUCGUGUCCCACUCCUCCACUGAUGGCCGGGUCAGGGAAAUCCGAAUCAGGUGUGCCUCUGCAGCUCUGCCAAAGUCCUAGCAAAGUCCUCAGGGCAGGCAGGAGACCAGAAAGUGACUUCAGCAAGAUAUGUUUAGACUUUGCCUGACUCAGAGACUGCCAGAAAGCAGAUCCUUUAUAUAGGCCAUGGGGUGUGGCUCCAUGACUCAGCACUUAUCCAGGCCUGCCCCUCCCUUCCUUCUGUUGCCUCCGCCUAUCAAGUCUUCUGACGCGAGGGUCACUCCAAUCGGCAGCUGUUGGUAAUUGACCUUCCUCAGGCUCACAUGCUGUGGAGGAGGGGGAGGAGUCUAGUUGCUCCGUUUGCCUGGGCAUGGAGCCAGAGCUGGGGGCUGGAGAUACUUGCUCUUCUUCAGCCUGUCUGGGAAUGGAGCCAGGGCUGGGGCCGGGAGAUGCCCCCUCCUCAGCCUGUCUGGGCAUGGAGCCAGGGCUGGGGCCGGGAGGCAUGCUAGGACAUUCUUCAGCGUUCGGAAGCAGAUAAGCAGACCCCGGCUGUGGUGGUGAGAUCGGACGAGACACAACACCCAGUGGUCUGUUGUAAGGACAAAGGACCAUGGAGACACUGUUGAUAUCUUAACUUUGAAACAUGAUCGACUACAAAGAAGCCAUCAAUCUAAUGCCAAACAAUAGAGAUAAUGGUCUAAUUCCUGGAAAUGACAAAUUUAAGCCAGUGUUACCCUGGCCUCAUGUUGAAGGUGUGGAAGUAGACUUGGAAUCAAUUCGACGAAGGAAUAAGGCCAAAAAUGAGAGACUUCCUCAUGCUGGUGAAAAGAAUGAUCAGCAGAAUAUUAUGCAGAGACAGUAUCUUACAUUUAAGCCACAGACAAAUAUCUACCAUGACCCUGUAUUGCGACCUGGAAUUCUUGGUAAUUUUGAACUCAAAGAACCUGAAUCCCAUGGAGUUGUAGGUGGUCCUGGUGAGGAAGCCAAGCCAUAUGUUUUAGGACCAGAAUAUAAAGAAUCUAUUCAAGCCAGCAUUAAAGAAUUUGGGUUCAACAUGGUGGCAAGUGAUAUGAUAUCAUUAGAUCGGAGCAUUAAUGAUUUACGCCAAGAAGAGUGCAAAUACUGGCACUAUGAUGAAAACCUUCUCACCUCCAGCGUUAUUAUUGUCUUCCAUAAUGAAGGGUGGUCUACACUCAUGCGGACAGUUCAUAGUGUAAUUAAAAGAACUCCAAGAAAAUAUCUGGCUGAAAUUGUUUUAAUUGAUGAUUUCAGCAAUAAAGAACACUUAAAAGAAAGACUAGAGGAUUAUAUUAAGCAGUGGAAUGGCCUUGUAAAGAUUUUUCGAAAUGAAAGGAGAGAAGGUUUAAUUCAAGCUAGAAGCAUUGGAGCCCAGAAGGCUAAACUUGGAAAGGUUUUAAUUUACCUUGAUGCCCACUGUGAGGUGGCAGUAAACUGGUAUGUGCCACUAAUAGCUCCUAUAUCUAAAGACAGAACUACAUGCACUGUGCCUCUAAUAGAUUACAUAGAUGGGAAUGACUAUUCCAUUGAACCACAGCAAGGAGGGGAUGAAGAUGGCUUUGCCAGAGGGGCCUGGGACUGGAGCUUGCUAUGGAAACGUAUUCCAUUAAGCCACAAGGAAAAGGCAAAAAGAAAAUAUAAAACUGAGCCAUAUCGAACCACAUGUACUGUGCCGCUUAUAGAUGUCAUAGAUGGCAACACUUAUAAUAUUGUACCCCAAGGGGGUGGUGACGAAGAUGGGUUUGCUAGAGGAGCAUGGGAUUGGAGCAUGCUCUGGAAGAGGGUUCCCCUGACCAAACGUGAGAAGGCAAUGAGAAAGACAAAAACUGAGCCGUAUCGAUCGCCUGCCAUGGCUGGUGGAUUAUUUGCCAUUGAACGUGAUUUCUUUUUUGAGUUAGGCCUCUACGAUCCAGGUCUACAAAUCUGGGGUGGUGAAAAUUUUGAAAUAUCCUACAAGAUUUGGCAGUGUGGAGGAAAGCUACUGUUUGUGCCUUGUUCUCGUGUUGGGCACAUAUAUCGUCUCCAGGGAUGGCAAGGGAAUCCACCUCCAGCUUACGUUGGAUCAUCUCCUACUUUAAAGAACUAUGUCCGUGUUGUCGAGGUCUGGUGGGAUGAAUUCAAAGAUUAUUUCUAUGCUAGUCGUCCUGAAACAAAAGCACUAGCUUAUGGUGAUAUAUCAGACCUGAAAAAAUUUCGUGAAGAUCACAAAUGCAAAAGCUUUAAAUGGUUUAUGGAAGAAAUAGCCUAUGAUAUAACUUCUCAUUAUCCUCUGCCACCUAGAAAUGUGGAGUGGGGAGAGAUUAGAGGUUUUGAAACAGCAUACUGCAUAGAUAGUAUGGGUCAUACCAAUGGAGGCUUUGUGGAACUUGGUCCAUGCCAUAGAAUGGGAGGAAAUCAACUCUUCAGAAUUAAUGAAGCUAACCAGCUCAUGCAGUAUGACCAGUGCUUGAUUAAAGGACCUGAUGGAUCAAAAGUUAUGAUUACACAUUGCAACUUAAAUGAAUACAAGGAGUGGCAGUACUUCAAGAAUCUUCAUAGAUUUACUCACAUCUCAUCAGGGAAAUGCUUGGACCGUUCAGAGGUUCUACAUCAAGUAUUUAUUUCAGAUUGUGACUCAAAUAAAGCAACACAAAAAUGGGAAAUGAACAAUAUCCUAAGUGUGUAGACAAAAUAGCUGCAUCUACCUACUGACAAAUGUAAUUUGUAUAGAACUGAAAAUAACCUGAAAACUGCUGCAACUGUUAACUUGUAUAGCUGGGAGCCUGGAAUGUCCUGAUCUGGAUGAAGGACUUAGAUGAACUGUGAUAGAUUUAUCAUCUGCAGUUAAUGUUUACAAAAACUGCUCUUACCUUAAACGUCAAUAGAUGUUUACAUCUCUUUGCUUUCUUUUAGGAUGUUGUUUUAAAAUGCUCUGGCUUAUCAUUUAAAGUGCUUUGACUUGUUUCACUGGAACAAAGUUAGAAGCACAAGCUUGGAUCCAAAGUAGUAGGAGGUUGUUUCUACAUGGGUAAGAGGUCAUUUCCUCUUCCUCUUAUGGUGACAACCUUAUCCUAGAGCCCUCCUUAAGGACCUUCUGUAAACUUUCUGAAUGGUGUAAAGGGCUGAAAAUCAGCAACUUCCCAGGUGUGAUUAAGUGCCUUUCACUUGGGCACAAGCAAAAGAAUUGGAUCCAAGUAUUUGUUGUCUUCUUUGGGAUUACACUCAGGGGUUUGCAGGCAGUUUGAUUUUUUUUAAUUCCAACAUU